UCCAAUCAAUUCAACAUCACAUGCCUAUCUUCUUCUCAACUUUAUUGAGUGAAAGCCGUGGAAGCAACGCCCAGUUUUCGCCGCUAUAAAUACUCUGCAAACAACUCCCAUUUCUUUCACAAACCAAACCCCAAAACUCCAAUUCCAUCCUAACAAUGGGCGAGAAGAAGAAUGAAGACACCACCACGGCUGUGUUCAAGAUCGACAUGCACUGCGAAGGCUGCGCCAACAAAAUCAGAAAGUGCGUCCGAGAAAUCGAAGGCGUUGAGAGAGCGAGAGCAGACUGGGAAGCCAACAAGCUGACAGUCAUCGGAAAAUUCGACCCUGCCAAGCUCCGAGAGAAGCUCGCCGAUAAAACAAAGAAGAAAAUCGACAUUGUCUCGUCGGAGAACAAGAAAGAAAAGGAAUCCAAGAAACCGGACGAGCCCGCCGUCGGUGAUAAAAAACCAGAGGAAAAGAAGUCCAAAGACAAAGAGACUCCGGUGACGACGGUGACUUUGAAGGUGGAACUGCACUGCCAGGGUUGCAUAGAGAAGAUUUACAAAGUGGUAGCCAGGACCAAGGGAGUGGAGGAUAUGGCGAUUGAGAGACAAAAGGAUUUAGUAAUGGUAAAAGGAAAAAUGGACGUGAAGGCUCUGAUAGAGAAUUUGGAAGAGAAACUAAGGAGGAAAGUUGCAGUGGUGGUGCCGAAGAAGGACAAAGACGACGAAGCUAAGGGAGGAGACAGCAGCGACAAGAACAAGAGCGGCGGAGAUGCUGCUCAACCCGCAAAUGGCAGUGGCGGGGGAGAUGGUCACAGACUUGAUCACAUGGCAGUUCCAGUUUUGGGAUAUGGGUACGGGUACGGGUACGGUGGAGAACAUUUACCUUCGGUUCAAAUGUUCAGCGAUGAAAAUCCAAAUGCUUGCUCGGUCAUGUGACAACCAAUAUAGUUUCUUAGAAAUAUGUAACUUUUCAUUCUAUUUUUUCUGUAAAGAAACAUCAUUAUAUGUCAAUUAUCGUUGAGUUAUGAGGUUAAAGAUGGUGUCUCGGGGAUAAAGGCGAGAAAGAUUAGUCCAAAAUGCAUAGUCCGGAAGUGAAGUGAGAGGUGGGGUUUGUUGGUGGCGUCCUUCCAGGAAAGACAGAGACCUUUUCCAUUGAACCAAGUGGAGGAAAGAAAGAAGAGUUGGAUAACACAGUCAUGCACCUCUCUAACAUACCUUUCUACCAAUAAUUGAGGAGUGGAAAUUUGGAAUCUCACUUUUUCACUCAAAAACAAAAAGGGCUCUCAUUUUCCUUUGAAUUUCAAUACCUCUUUUCGUCUUUCUGUUUUUGUGUAGGGACAAGUUCAUCUUAAUGAUAUCCUUCAAUCCCGCCAUUCUGAUUCAA